AUGACUGACGACAAAGGUCCUAUGAUCAUUGCGGUCUGCUGGGUCUUCACAGUUUAUUGGGGUAAUGGCAAACACUUCGCCACCCUUGACCUGGAGCAGCAGCAGAAUACCGUCAAAUGGAUGAUGGCGGCAUACGUUCCGGGGAUAGAAACCCUCGGAUUCCCGAAGCUCGCCGUCAUUGCCCUCCUCGUCCGAUUACUCGCUCCUCGCCGGUUACACAUCUGGAUCCUAUGGACCAUGGGUGGAAUAUGCUGCCUGUCGCUUACCGCUAUGGUUAUGGCGCUGCUCCUGCAGUGUACACCUCCCAGAGCUCUUUGGACCUUCUCGAUGCCCCGCAAGUGUUUACACGUGAACGUGCUGAAGGGGCUAGCCUUUUGGGCGAGCAUAUAUCCCGCCGUCGUGCUGUGGCAGCUGCAGAUGCCAAAGCAAAAGAAGCUUGCUCUCAGCUGUGCUCUCGGCAUGGGCGUCGUAUCGGGAUGUGUCGGCAUUGUGAAGGCUACGGGCGUUCCAACCCUUGCUAGCCCAGACGUCAGCUAUGACCUGUGCGACCCUCUAUACUGGACAUCUAUAGAAGGAAACCUCAUCAUCAUUGCGGCCUGCAUCCCGAUUCUCCAACCUUUGGUCGAAAAGAUCAAGGGCGGUAGCCUCUGGAGUUCGAAAAAGGGCACCAGCAAGAACCGCCAGUACGCGGAUUUCAGCAAACGAAGCGCUCGGCAGCCCGAUCCGAUCGAGCUACACGAUAAACCUAAGAAAAAGGUUGACGUAUACGGGUUUACGAUACACGCGAAAGAUGACAGCGAAGAAAAUAUCGUCGACCUUGACAAGCAGUCCGCGAAUAGAUCCUCCAGUCGACAGAGCGUAGCAUACCACCCAACCGACAGGAUCAUAAAGACGGAUACCGUCACCGUUACCUUUGACCAGGGAGACGAAGGGCCAACCUCUGCAGCCACCAGAUGGGCUGCUGUCUAA